CUUCUUUGUUUUGCUUCGUCGGGAGAAACGCGUUCGCAAGGCCACUCGUUAGAAAGCGAACUCGUAAAAUAGGGCAGAUGCGUCUGGCGUAGCGUGGGGCUGAAACGCCCAAAUAUAGAGCAGCAAACGCUUGGAAUUACAAUCACUUCCUACCGCUUGGAAAAUCUGAAACUGGCCAUAGAGAAGCCCGUUUCGAUAGGCCACGACCUCACAUCGGGACUUUAACGAAACCAGAAACAAAGUGUGUAUGGAGCAGUGUGAGAAUGCCGCAUCUCUCCUGGCCUCCGUGCGAGAGCAGGAGAUGCAGUUCGAGCGUCUGACUCGAGCUCUGGAGGAGGAGAGGAGGAGCGUGGGGCCCUCCGGUACCCUACCCCGCCCCCUCCCCACCUUGCAGAACGGCCGUGUCACUGGUGAUGCAGAGUUAGAACGGCUCAAAUUAAGCGAGGGAUACAUAAACGGGACUCAGUACAGGAUGUUGGACCCUGGUCAUAUUGUUGAGUCGGUUACAGUCGAAGAGGACCCCCGCGAUUCAAUGCCAAUUAUUUCGGUUGAAACCAGUGAUGACGGCACCACACGUCGCACUGAGACCACAGUUAAGAAGGUCACAAAGACGACUACCACACGAACAGUAAUUCCCUCAGUCUCCGACACACUUUCCCUGGAUGGCACUGGUUCAGUCACCGGAAUAUCUGGUUGUAAUACCCCAAUGGACCGUGUAUACAGACCACCGGGCGGCCCCAUGGACUACCCCACUGCUACUGUCCCCCGUAACUACCACUAUGGACCACCUGGCUAUGAAGAUUACCGUAGCUAUGCUCCUUCUGAAGCCUACGCCAGUCUCAGCCGUGGGACGCGAAUGGAUGACCGCUACAGGCCCGUGGAUGGCUAUCGCACGCUGGACUCUGCCUAUCGCACCCACAGCCGGCCGCAGUUGGACCCGUACGCAGCCCAGCCCCAGGUAGGACGUAUGGGCAGUGCUAUGGAGAUCUCUGGCAUGCAGCGCUUUGUACCAGAGCCAUACGGCCUGGAGGACGAUCAGAGGAGCCUGGGAUACGACGAACCCGAUUAUGGCAUGGGACCACCCAUGCAUUACAGCACAAUGCCCCGGUUGGCACAUGCUCACCAUGCUCCACCUCCACGUCGGACAGGGUCAUAUGAGGGCACACUGGAUGGUGAUAUGAGUGGAGCUGGUGAUAUGUAUUAUUGGGGAGGAGGAGCUCCGCUGGCUCAGGGAGAGAGAGGCAGCAUGGCAUCACUGGACAGCACUCUUCGUAAAGGCCCAGCCCCCACGGCAUGGAGGCAGCCGGAGCUUCCUGAAGUCAUCGCUAUGCUCAACUACCGCCUGGACCCUGUCAAAAGCAACGCUGCAGCGUACCUGCAACAUCUCACUUUUAAGAAUGAUAAGGUGAAGUCAGACGUAAGGCGACUGAAGGGGAUCCCUGCCCUUGUGUCCAUGCUGGAUAACCCAAAGAAAGAGGUGCAUUACGCAGCUUGCGGAGCACUCAAGAACAUCUCCUACGGACGAGAUCCAGAUAACAAGAUAGCCAUCAAGAACUGUGACGGGAUUCCUGCGUUGGUGCGGCUACUGAGGAAGACAAGAGAUCAGGACCUUACCGACACCAUAACAGGCACUCUCUGGAACCUGUCGUCUCACGACUCUGUAAAGAUGGAGAUCGUGGACCACGCGCUGCACGCCCUGUCCGACGAGGUGAUGGUUCCUCACUCGGGCUGGGAGAGGGGGAACGAAGGGGGAGAGGAGAGCUGCAAACCCAGACACUUGGAGUGGGAGACGGCGCUCACCAACACCACCGGCUGCUUAAGGAAUGUGAGCUCGGAGCGGAGUGAAGCCAGGAGGAAGCUGAGGGAGUGCUCUGGACUGGUCGACUCGCUCAUGUACAUCGUCCAGUCACAGAUCAACUGUAAAGAUGUAGACAACAAGCUGAUUGAGAACAGCGUGUGUCUGCUGAGGAAUCUGUCCUAUCAGGUGCAUCGGGAGAUACCAGGCUGUGAGCGCUAUCAGGAGACGGCUCCUGUCAAUCAAGGCCCCGCCCCUUCCCAAAAGGGCGGUUGCUUCAGCUCCCGAAAGGGCAAAGACGAGUGGUUUUCCAAAGGAAAAAAAGAGGAUGAUGGAACUUCAGAUACCAUUGACAUUCCAAAGAGAAGCACACCAGCCAAAGGUUAUGAGUUGCUGUUCCAGCCGGAGGUGGUGCGUGUCUACACUUCUCUCCUGAAAGAGAGCAAGAACCCCUCGGUUCUGGAAGCUGCGGCCGGGGCCGUGCAGAACCUGUGUGCGGGCCGCUGGACUUAUGGGCGGUACAUCAGAGCAGUGGUUAGACAGGAGCAUGGCCUGCCGAUGAUGACAGAGCUGUUGUCUCAUGGGAACGACCGUGUGGUCAGAGCCAUGUCUGGAGCCUUGAGAAACCUGGCCAUCGACGCUCGCAACCGUGAGCUGCUAGGGAAGCAUGCAGUGCCUAACUUGGUGGCUAAUCUGCCAGGCGGUGGUCAGAGCCAGCCUGCGCGAGCUCUCUCCGAGGAGACGGUGGUGUCUGUUCUCAGCACUAUGACGGAGGUGGUUGGAUCCAGCGUGGAAGCGGCCAAAACCCUGCGCAGCUCCCAGGGCAUCGAGAGACUGGUGCUCAUCAACAAAGACAGCAACCGCUCAGAUCGGGAGGUGCGAGGCGCUGGGCUGGUGCUGCAGAUCGUGUGGGGCUUCAAAGAGCUCCGCCGCACACUGGAGAAGGACGGCUGGAAGAAGACGGACUUCAUGGUGAACCUUAACCCUCCUAACAACACCCGCAGCAACGGAGGAUACGAGGACAGCACCCUUCCGCUAAUAGACAGGGGGGGCAAACAGGACAGAGACAGAGACAUGAUUCCUCUAAAUGACAUGGGACCAGACGCUUACUCUACACUAGACCAGAGAGGAAGGAGAAACACUUUAGAUGACACUCUGGAUCGCUCUGACAGAGAGGCACCUCAGGGAGGAAUGUAUGGGGAGAGGCGGGGCUCUUUGCCUCUCUUGGACUCUUAUGAUGAAAAACUGAUCGUGUGCAUCACCCGCCGUGAGUUUCCUCCUCCUGCCUACUGUCCCUGCUGAGCCUCUGAUCUCAUCACUUACGGGACCAUAGCCACUAAUUGCAACGACCCUUCUGUAGUUUUCAACAUUCUCAUGUUGUCACUCUUCUGCUCUCUUUGAGAUCAAUGUGAUUCAGAACAGCCACUACUUCAAACGGACUCUUUUUCAUGUCAAAUAAUGGAAAAACUAGGGACUACAAGCUCUAUUUAGUCACAUCCCCAGCUUAUCGAGCUUUAUGAAUCAUUUCCUUUUUGUUUUUUGCUUAUGCAUCUAUUAGAUCAUUAGUGUAGUAUUGGCGUUGGUGUUUUUGAUUUAUUUUGCUUCAUCCUGCUUUGUGGUUCACAUCGAUGAAAAGGUAAUGCCAAAUUGCAUCAAUCAUAUGCGGCCUGCAGAAAAUAAUGUAUAUAGAAUUUUUUUUGGUAAGUUUUGUCUCGUUGAUGCGUUGCAACGGGCAUGAGGCCUAUUUGUUGUUUUCUGAAAGCACUAGAUGACCACCAAUUCCCCUUAAGUUAUCCAUCUGUAGUUUUUGUGGAGUGUUCGGUCUCUAGGAAGUGAACGCGUUGAUGAAGCAUUACAAAAGAGGCAGAGGGAUGUUAGAUCGGGAGGUUUUGUCUUUUUUAAACCAGUAGCAUUCAAGAAAGUUCUCUAGUGGUAGGCGAGUAAAGUUUUAUUCAUUCAGUCAAAAUUUGCAAAGCAUUCCAGAGCGGGAAAGCUGUUUUCUGAUACCCCCCCCCCUGUUUUGUCUUUUUAAAAUUAUCAAUGACACUUAGCUUCUGUGUGGGAGCUCAAAUGUUCCUCGCUCUUGAAGUACAAUUAAAUAGCCACAAAAGAGAAAAUGGGAAGAAAAAAAAAGCCUUUAACUCCGAGACAAAUUGUAGCCGUGGUGUUCAAUCUGUCUGAAUAUAAAUGAAUGUGUAAAUAUGACUGUGUCUCACAAAUCCACUCUGCACACUUGGAGUGCCUCUCUUGCUCAGUGUGUGUUUGUGAUGAGCGGUGAACAGGGAUGUUUGGCCACCCUUCUGCCUCUUGGUUUCAGUGCCUGUCUGUGUAGAGAGUGAACGAGUGUACAUUUGAGGAUGUAUAUGCAUUAUUUGUUUUUUUUUUUUGUUUGUUUUUUUUCCCCCCUCUGAGAUCCAUAAGUACAGUGCUUGUUUCUUAGACUGCAUAAUUAAAAAUGCACAGUAAGUCUGUUGUAGAUAUUUACUGAAUGGAAACUUUAGCACUAGGGGUAAUGGAUGUUUUGUUUUUUUUUGUUGUUUGUUUUUUAUAAUAUAUAUUCCCCCUCCCCCCAAUGCCUUUUUAAUUCCCUGUCUGCCAAUCCGCAGCCUAAUCCUUCGAGAUGCUACAGUCAGCAAAGGAAAGGUCGGCUGUUGACUAAAUGGUUGUGAGCCAGGAGUCCGAGUCCUGAUGCAAGAGGCUGUUCACAAGUUCAAGAAUCAAUCGAUUGUUCAGUGUUGAGGGAGGCAGAUAAAUUAAUCUUUUAAUUACAAGAAAAUUGCAUCUCUUUCAGGCAGGAUUUAGCCAGAUUUCGAUUCUAGCUUGAUGAGAAAAUAAGAUGGGUGAAAUAAAAGCACAUUUAACUAUAUAUACCAGAGAAUAUUUGUUAAUUUUAAUUAUUAUUUUUUUUUCUUGGUUUUUGUUCUGUUGCUCUCUUUUCUAUAUUUUAUGAUUGGGGCUGAUUUUUGUUUUUCUGGGGUGUUGUGGGUGAAUGCAUAUGCAAUCAGUUUUAUUUUUUAAAUAAAUGCAUUUACGGUUUAUAUCUUUUAAUUAAAGAUGAAAGGAAAAAUUCUGUGUCGUGCUGUCAGUUGACAUGUUUCUGCAACACUAAUAUCUGGAUCUUGAUCAUAAUUCCUAUAUUUCAACACUUUACCUUUGGUCUUAAACAUUGCACCUUUCUCUCAUGGAUUGAACAUGUAACUUAGCAAUACUGUUCUUUUUUUGUUUUGUUUUUUUUUUUUUUUAAUAAAACGAUGAUCUUUUUUCCAA